AUGUCUGAAAUUGUGUUUCCUCCGCAGUUGGUGGCGGUCGCUUCGAGUCCUGCUGCUCAUCCACGCAGCAGAGCCGCCUCAGCUGUCAAUCAUUUGAACAUUGAAAGCCUCGCCAGCACGGCUGUCAACUCAACAGAAGACACGGCCGACACAACAGCUGUCAACACACCAUGUGCUUCAUCCCCAGUGGCAUCAAAGACUGGAUCGAAAGUCGACCUACCUCUCGAACACGAGUCUGAGAGGGCCGCACGGUACACGGAAACAGAGCAUGCCAUGACGUUCACCAGCGCUAUCAAACUCUACUACCCUGCUGUCUUGUGGGCACUUGUCGUCAACCUCGCGACGCUCUGCCAAGGCCUUGAUGGGCAGGUGAUCGGCGCCCUCGUCGGCAUAGGGCCGUUCAAGCAGCACUUCGGCGUCGAGUACGAAGGCGCGUACAUCAUCGAAGCCCACUGGCUGGGCGCAUUCAACUAUGCUAACAAGGUUGGCUCCAUCAUCGGCGCCUUCUGCGCAGGAAUGGCCUACGACCGCCUCGGCCUCCGAAGAGUCAUCGCCCUGAGCUCAGCCCUCUCCAUCGGCUUUGUCUUUGUCCAAUUCUUCGCCACGCACCCAGCACAACUGGUGACCGGCAUCUUUUUCAACGGCUGUGUCAUCUCGUUCUUCACCGUCUGUGCCACCGCCUACGUGGGCGAGGUGUGCCCCGUCGUCCUCCGUGGUUUCGCUGCCUCCGCCAUCAACAUGUUGCUCGUCGCCGGCCAGCUGAUGGGCUCGGGCAUCCUCAAGAUCGCCAACAACAUUGCUUCAAACUGGGCCUACAAGUUCCCUAUCGCAAGCCAGUGGCCACUGCCUGUCAUCAUGCUGGUCUUCACCCUCGGUAACUUCCUACCUGACCCUCCGUACUGGCUGUGCAAGCGCGGAGAGUACGAGGCCGCAGAAAACUCCCUGCGCCGGCUCGCGGUGGCAGAAGUUGACCCUACCCAUAAACUGAGCUUCGUCCGCGAAACGCUCCGCAUCGAGAACGAAUCGAAGCAGGGCUCCAAGGCUAAGAUGAGGGAAUGCUUCAAGGGCACCGACCGACGACGCCUCAUCAUCUGUCUGAUGGUCUACGCCAUACAAGCCCUCGUCGGCGCUGUCGUAUUCCACGAUUUCGCCGUCUAUUUCUUCGAGCUGUCCGGCCUGAGCGCCGACAACGCCUUCAGCAUGAACGUGGGGGUCAACGCGAUUGGGUUCAUCGGAUCCUGCCUCGCAUGGUGGUUCCUGCAGUUCCUUGGCCGCCGCGACGCCUAUCUCUGGGGCUGCAUCACCCUCGCCGGGCUCCAGGGCCUGAUUGGGAUCUUGGACCUUAUCCCUCGCCCAGCGACGGGUACAGCCCCAUCCUCAUGGGGACAGAGCGCGGUCAUAAUCACAUGCAACCUCGUCUACGACAUCACAAUCGGCCCCUACGGCUUCGUCCUCAUGUCCGAGGUGUCCUCGGCCCGCCUGCGAGGGUUCAACAUCGGACUCUCCUCCGCCUUUUACCAGGUUUGCGCAAUCACCCUGGCCGUCGGAGUCCCGUUCCUCAUCAACCAAGACCAGGCAAACCUCGGCGGCAAGAUCGGGUUCAUCUUCGCGGGCAUCGGCGGGCUUUGUGCGUUGUUCUGCUUCUUCUGUCUCCCUGAGACUAAGGGUCGCACGUUUGAGGAGUUGGACCAUAUGUUUAACAUCCACUUGCAUUCGAGGAAGUUCAAGAACUUCAACAUCCUACACGGCCACGAGAAGGAGUCGACCGAGAACAAGGGCCAGGGUGCAGCGAAGACAACAGCGAGUAGUGAGACAGACCUGUCACUUGUGCCAUGA